AUGAAUGGAAUAUUUGCUAUUGAGAAGCCUAGUGGUAUAACGUCAAACCAGUUUAUGUUGAAGCUGCAGCACGCUUUAACCAAAAGUCAAGUAUUCUCGAAGCAAAUUCAAAGCGCAACAGCAGAAAGAAAGCAGCAGUAUGAACAGCAGACAGGUAAAAAGGCGAGCAAGAGAAAACUGCGUAAAGUCUCAAAGGUAAAGAUGGGACACGGGGGAACUUUGGAUCCAUUGGCUUCUGGUGUCCUCAUAAUUGGGAUUGGAACAGGUACUAAAAAAUUGGCGAAUUAUCUGUCGGGUACUGUUAAAGUCUAUGAGAGCGAAGCCUUAUUUGGUGUUUCGACUACUUCAGGAGACGUAGAAGGUGAAAUUUUAUCCCAGAACUCUGUCAAACAUUUGAAUUUCGAUCACUUAAAGACAGUGGAGGAAAAAUUUGUUGGGCAAUUGAAGCAGACACCGCCAAUAUACGCUGCCUUGAAGAUGGAUGGUAAACCCCUACAUCAAUAUGCUCGAGAGGGGAAGCCUUUACCCAGGGCCAUAGAACCUAGACAGGUGAAUAUUUAUGAUUUGAAAGUGUUUCCUGAUUCCCUUAAACGUGAUCAUGACUAUCCCUUCCUAAGACCCACUACCGAAGAAGCCAUUGACACUGUGAAAAAUUUGAAUGCAAACAUGCUAAAUGAUAUUUUGUACUUCUCAAAAGACUAUAGAGAGAAGCACGGCCUGGAUUCUGAGGUUGCAAAAGUGGAAGAACCAUUACCAUUGAGUAAGGAAGAAGAGCAAGAGAUCGCAAAGGAAGGCAAUUCUUAUAGAGCUCCGAAAUUACACUUCAAGGCAAACGUGUCUUCUGGCACGUAUAUUAGAUCUUUAGUGAGUGAUAUUGGUAAGGCCAUGCGAAGCUCGUGUUACAUGGUGAAAUUGAUACGUUUACAACAACAGGACUGGUCUCUUGAAAGAAAUAAUGUCUUCCAACUGGCAGAUUUCACUGAAAGAGACGAAGAGGUAUGGAGGAAGGUUUUGGAGAAGGUCCUAGACGAAGGAGCAAGCGUUGAUGUUAUAGAAGAGCUGAAAAAAGCGGAGAAGGAAGUACCAGCUGAAGUAGAAGAGGACUUAGUUCCCGAAGAUCACUCCGGAAAUGUAGUCACAGCUGAAACAUUUGAAGUCGCUAAUGAUGAGGAGUCAUCUACUGGGCUCAAGAGAAAAAUCGAACAAAUAUAA